CACAGCCGUAAAAUGGCAGCUACAAAAACCAGUGGCGAAGAGCACACUAGCAGGCAGCCACCAGGGCCAGCAGCUCCAUAUAUACGACACAACACAUGCAUAAGUGCCCUUUCCUCUCCCAUUCUUCCCAUUUCAGAUCUAUGGUCGGGUUGAAGCUUUAGGGUUUUAGUGGGUUUUUUCCCCUCUCGAGAGCACUGGUCAUGGCCACUCCGUUUCACAACUUCCACUUGCCCGUCACUGCUGCUCAGGUUGGCACGUACUUUGUUGGGCAGUAUUACCAGGUACUUCAACACCAACCUGAGUUUAUUCAUCAGUUCUACAGCGAUGCCAGCACUAUGAUUCGUAUCGACGGUGAUGCAAGAGAGACAGCCACGGCAAUGCUGGAAAUUCAUACACUUGCUAUGUCUCUAAAUUACGUGGGAAUAGAAGUAAAGACAGCACAUUCCCUUGAAUCAUGGAAUCGGGGUGUUCUUGUCAUGGUUUCGGGUUCUGUGCAUAUAAAGGACUUCAGUAGCAGGAGGAAAUUUGUGCAAACUUUUUUCCUUGCACCUCAAGAAAAAGGCUACUUCAUUCUCAAUGAUAUCUUUCACUUCGUUGAAGAGGAACAAAUUCGCCACCAUCCAGUACCAUACUUAAUGCAGAGCAAUCUUGGUUCCAAACUAAAUCCUUCAACUACCAUACGGGAACAAGUAUCCAACUACAUGCCAGUAUCCAACUACAUGCUGGGCAGAGAAAUCCAGUCAAGGGAGUUUGUGGAUCCUGCUGAUAUCAUAGAAAAUGGUCUCGAUUAUGGUUACAGGUUCUCAGAGCAACGACUGCAGCAUAGCCCUGAGGCUGAAUGUAUUCUUGAAGACAAUUUUCCUGAGUCUAAUGGUUCUUUUCAAAAUUCAAUCAACCCUGUAUCAGAUCACCUGUCUGCUCCAGUUGAGGAACUUAUUGAGGAGCCCCGAAAGCAUACUUAUGCUUCUAUUUUGCAGGUUGCUAAAGUACAUCCAGCAAUAUCUCAGCCCUCUGUGAACAAGUCCAUGUUUCCUGCUUCAGAGUGGAAUCAUACACCAGAAGCACCUACUCAGCAGUCUGUUGCAUCAUCAACUGCCAUAGAAAGUUCAUGGGCGGAGACUCCAGAGGAGUUUUCAGCUGUGGGAGAUGAAGGUCAAUGUUUCCUGGCAUAUGAAAUAAAGUCAGUUUAUGUGAGAAACUUGCCACUCAUAGUGUCUGCUUCCGAAAUUGAGGAGGAAUUCAAGAAGUUUGGUAAACUCAAACCUGAUGCUGUGGCCAUUAGAAACCGGAAGGAAAUUGGUGUUUGCUAUGCGUUUGUCGAAUUUGAAGACAUUACUGGCGUUCAAAAUGCAAUCAAGGCUUCUACACUUCAGAUAGCUGGACAACAAGUAUUCAUUGAAGAGCGGAGAGCGAACAGUGCUUAUGCAUUUCGAGGAGGAAGACGGGGUAGAGGGAGGGGUGGCUACACAAUGGAGGCUCCAAGGGGACGUUUUGGUAAUCGGAGUUUUGGCAGGGGAAAUAGCCACGACGGAGGUGACCACCGGGACUUCAACAGACCAAGAGGAAAUGGUCUCUAUAGACCAACUAUGCGCCAAGUGUCUGUAAGUGGACAAAACUAAUCAGAGUGAAAGACUUCCUAUCAAGCACAGUAAAAAAGGAAGAAAAAAAGAAGAGGGUUUUGCAUCAAGUAUAUUUCUAGGAGGCAUUUCAAAUAGUAUAUGCAGGAAAGAUUUGCAUAUCAAAAUUUUGGGGAAUGCCUUUGAGUUCCAUGUUUUUUUCUCUUUGUGCAUGGCCUAAUUCAAAAGGUAACGAUUUUGCAAUUUUGAGCUCUGCUUUAGUUGGUAAAAUGAACUUCUUCUUGUUUGGCCUA